AUGACCCUGCGAGGUAAGGCAGCCAUUCCGGCGACACCACGCGUUAUAUCACCGAGCCCUACUCCUUCCGAACUCAGUCAAGACGGGUUGCAGGACUCUUAUUUCGGUCCGGUCACCCGGUCGGCCACUCGAAGGCGCCAGAAUGGAAGCGUCACUCCCCAAAUUCCCGAGUCCCUCGACGAGGAUUCGUCAGACCCAGACCUCCGACGGGCCCGGACACGAUCUCGAAGUCCGAUAAAACCGCGCAAGGUCGCAGGCCUUACAUCGGCCAAGACGCCCACAAAACCGGCACGAGUUCCGAAGAAGGCGCAGAAACCCAUUAUGGUCCCAGAAGAGACUACAGAACACGCAAACGGCGUUAUUGUCACGUCCAACGGUCAUCUGGCGCCGCCGACUCCUGCAACAGCGGGCUGGAACUGGCGGGACUUCAGCCGGAGUCCCAGCCCGUUGGGUCUCAUCCCCAUACACCGGCAUUUCAAAACCUUGAUACACAAGCACGAGGUUCCGAGAAAGGUGCUGCACGUUUCGAUCGGCUUCAUCGUCUACUGGCUCUAUGUCACUGGCACGCAGCCGGGCUGGGUUACCCCAUGGCUGAUGGCACAUUUGAUCCCCAUCGCUCUCACGGAUUAUUUGCGGCAUACAUACCCUUCGCUCAAUCGCUUCUACGUCGGGUGUCUAGGUGCUUUCAUGCGCGAAAGCGAGUAUGAUGGAUGGAACGGAGUUGUGUUCUAUCUACUGGGGGCGUGGAUGGUUCUCCACUUCCUUCCCAAGGAUGUGGCCAUUGUUGCCGUCAUGUUGCUCAGUUGGUGCGACACAGCCGCCAGCACCUUCGGCAGACUCUGGGGACGAUACACCCUGCGAAUCAGGAGAGGCAAGUCACUCGCUGGAACACUGGCUGCGUUCGUUGUGGGUGUCGUCACAGCUGGAUGGUUCUGGGGCUGGCUCGUCCCGAGGACUCCUUGGUUCCCCGGCGACGAACAGAAUCCGUUCAUGUUCAACGGCUUCUUGAGGUUACCCGAGAUUGCAGCAAACGCGCUUGGCCUUACCGCUUCCGAGGCCACCGUUACCGGCAAUGUCGCCCUCGCGGUAAUGAGCUUGUGGUCAGGUCUGGCUGCGGCUGGAAGCGAAGUAGUAGAUGUUUGUGGCUUGGACGACAACCUCACCAUACCGGUGCUCAGUGGCAUCGGCAUGUGGGGAUUCCUCAAGAUAUUUGGUUAG